UGCAUUUAACUCGAAACAAAAACUACAUUCUCUAAACCCUGUAGCAAAACCCUAGAAUAUUCACCGGAACACCUGAAAUUGAAGAUCUCUCUGGAAUUCGCACGUUAACCUUGCGAUGAUGAGGAAUGCAUCGGUGUCUGAACUCAACGAUGGAAUCAUCCGCAAUAUGGCAAUUGGCGCACUGUUUUCAGAUUUCGUUGGAAAGAUAAACGCACUUGAUUUUCAUCGUACUGCGGAUCUUUUGGUAACAACGGGGGAGGAUGAUUCUGUGCGACUAUAUGACAUAGCAAAUGGCAAGUUACUGAAAACUACACACCAUAAGAAACAUGGUGCCGAUCGUAUAUGUUUUACCCACCACCCUAGUUCUGUCAUAUGCUCUUCAACACGCAAUAUAGAUUCAGGUGGAGAGGCUUUGCGUUAUCUCUCCAUGUAUGACAAUCGUUGCCUUCGUUACUUCAAGGGGCAUAAAGAUAGGGUUGUGUCCCUAUGUACAUCUCCAGUUGAUGACAGCUUCAUGUCCGGUUCUCUUGAUCACUCUGUCAGGAUAUGGGAUUUGCGUGUGAAUGCGUGCCAGGGGAUUUUACAUCUAAGAGGUAGACCUACAGUUGCGUAUGACCAACAAGGCCUUGUCUUUGCUGUAUCAAUGGAAGGGGGUGCUAUCAAGUUAUUUGAUUCACGCUCAUAUGAUAAGGGCCCAUUUGACACCUUUCUUGUGGGAGGAGAUAUGGCGGAGAUCUGGGAUAUAAAAUUCAGCAAUGAUGGCAAAUCGAUGCUUUUGACUACAAAAAGUAACAACAUAUAUGUUCUAGAUGCGUAUAAUGGCGAGAAGAGAUGUGGAUUCAGUGUGGAUGCUUCUCCAAACACAACAAUUGAGGCAACAUUUACGCCUGAUGGCCAAUACGUAGUUUCAGGCUCUGGAGAUGGAACGUUGAAUGCUUGGAGCAUCUCCACCGGUAGCAAGGUGGGGAGUUGGGACAGCAACAUAGGUGUGGCGUCAUGCUUGAAAUGGGCACCUCGUCGGGUCAUGUUUGCUGCUGCUUCUAAGGGGGUUCUUACUUUUUGGAUACCAAAAGAUGCAAAUUCAACUGCUACUAGUUUUGAAAGAUAAAUUCUCGAGUCAACUUUAAAAGUGGAUGAUGCAGAACCAAAAUCAGAAACCAGAAUCAGUCCAAAACCGCACUGUAAGUAUUGGUUCAGUCCAAAACCGCACUGUGAACCAGACCUGAACUUUGGGUUUACGAUUCAGUCAGAAUUUCUGACCAAAACAGUGUUUCAUUAAAGUGAAAAAUAUCUAGUUUGGAGUAGACGAGACGAAAUAUAUACGGUUCCAGCUUGGUCUAUUUGUCUCUGUAUCAACUUUCUCCAUCUUUUGCCAGUCUGAAAAAAAACUUGCUAUGUUACAUUACAAAAAAGAAAAAUUCAGUUUGCUAUGUUACGAAAACGAUAUAAGUUGUUUGGAAUGACAUUUUCAUUCAGGUCGA